UUCACUGCUAAUGAUUCUGGCCACCGCCAUUAUACCAUCGCUGCUCUCCUCAGUCCUUUCUCUUACUCAACAACUGCUGUUGUCAGUGAUCCCCAGGAAUGAAAACAUACUGUCAAUAGAUAUAUAUACCCUCCUCUGCUAGGACUAUUAUAGGUUUUUAGGAGGAAGGUUUUUCCGAUUGCUAAUGCAUAUCCUUUUGCUACAUUAGUUGUUAUUUGUUUUUCAUUUUGUAACCUGGCAAAAAUUCAGAUAAGUCAAUAAAAUGUAACUUCUUUAAAACAGUUUUGAUUCUGUUGAUGAAGUUUUAUUGUGUCCUAAAGUGUUAUGAUUUGUGUUCAAGUACAAAGGACACCUAGAAACAGUGUGGCACAGGGAAGUAAAUUAACACUUGGUUUGGUUCUGUUAACUUCCCCCAUCAUUAUAAAAAAAAUUCUCAGCAAAUGCAUUGGUUCAAAAUAAGACAGAGCUCUGCUAUCUUAAAAAAAAGAAAGAAAGAAAGAAAGAAAAUCAAGCAAGCAUACUCAAAACAUGAAACUCAUUCAUGUUAUUCGGUUUAUACACAGAAGAUAUGGUCCCACUACCAACUAGGUCAUGGGGUAAAUAGGAGAAAUUCUGAAUACCUAGCAGCAACACAAACAAUAUAGAAAGACUCUUAAGUUAAGUAAAUGUAGAGAGCUGAGCUAAAAGCCGUGUAGCUUUACUUAAAAUUUCAAGGCAAACUUUGUUGAUUUGACAAGGAAAAAUUGCUGCUCACUGAAUCUAGGAAGUUCUGAAGUAAUUUCAGUUACCAUCAUUGUAAACAGCUCUGCUCUUUAAUACAGUUGGCUACCUCUAGUAAGUCAAAUUUCUGUCCAUAAAAAAACAAAUUCAUAAAAUGGAAGCAUUACCAUAAUAUUAUCUUCAAGUUUUUUAGAAGAAGGACAAGGUAAAUUGUGGAGCGACUGUGAUUCAAAUAAUGUUGUUGAUAAAUGGACCCAAACGUUUGAAGGCUCUAGCAGUAAUUUCUGUAGAAAGAUAGCUGAUUGAAUUUACGAUAUCCAGGAGCAGAGAAUUGUUGUUUAAUAGGAUUACAGAAAUAACAUAGAACAUUACUGAACUCAGCCAUUCAGAAACUAUCAGCGCUAAUCUGCUAUUGACCUUGGAGCUAAUCUCUAGACAGGAGCCUGCUGGGAUGACUCUAUACCAAGAGAAUUCACAAGGUUACAAAAGCCUUUAACGUUUUGCUAUUUGAUUACUUUUCUCCCUGAUUUCUGGAUUCUACCACAGUUACACAAUUCUAGCAGACAGUGCAAACAGUUUCAAAACAGCACCCAUCUUAAAGCAUGAAUGUCAUUUCAUGGAACUCUGCAAUUCCUAAAGCUUGAAAACCAGUAGGCUUAAUUUGCAGUGGACUGUGACCAGCCUCGUGAACAAAAUGUAAAUAUAUUCCCAUUGUAGUCAUUAAAAAAAAAGGUUAAUGUCCUUACUGGGCAAGUAGGCAUCCACAGGUGUAAAAACAAUCUCACUUCUGGAAAUAAUAUUUACCUAAAUUGAAAAAUAAACUUCUGGUGGGGGCUGACUUGCAGUUGUACAGGUAAAGUUCUGAAGUUGCAUGGAAUGUCAGGAACAACUAAGGUAACAGAACUUAAAAUGCUGUUUAGCUGUGCUCCAGAAAUGGGUAUGUAGGUAUUUAAUUAUCAUGCUAGAAAACAAACAUAGUAUUUUUCCUCCAUGGAAAUACGUAAGAAAACUAGUAGGUCGCAUGUUAUAUAUUUACCACACAGAGAAAUUGCUUAAUAGAUGAACAUGGAUAAGUUGAUUACGCCACACUAUAGCCACAGAGGAAUUCUAAAUGAAAUGGAAAUUUUGAAUUAACAAGAUAUUUCUAUUUUUCUUAGCUUUAUGAGACUUCAACGCUACUAUUGCAUUAGUAAUAAUACUAGUGUAUUCAACGAGAAGAGAAACAAAACAGAAUAGUUUUCUGUGCUUUCUUGGAAGACAGUGCUUCCAAGAAAACAGAUUGCUGCAGUUAAGCUAGGCAAUAUUCACUAUUCCCAGGCAUUAAUAGAAUAGAUGUAUUUUCACAGACAAGGUUCAUGUUUGUAUGGGUUACUUAUUUUCUCAUUAUUUACUAAGUAAAUAGUAAGAAUCAGCAUGUUCAAAGUCAGAUGCUUUUUUUUUUAAUUGAUAAGCAGCCCUAGUUUAUAGGCCUUGAUAUAAAAAUCACAGAUUUCAUCAGUUUCUACUUGCUGCCACUGAGAAUUCCUAGUGAUAGCCGCAAUGGCUUUUCACUCUAUAUUUCUUGUUUUCUUAGCUGGCCUGGCAUUUUUCUCUGAAGCUGCACCACAGGGCUCUUCUGAUUCCACACAUCCUCUUGUUGUAAAAAUUCUGGAUUCAGUCCGAGGAAGUCCAGCUCCAAAUGUUCCAGUUAAGUUAUAUAAAGCAGCCGCAGAUGGAUCUUGGGAACUGUUAAAUUCAAAAGAAACCAAUGAAAAUGGAGAGCUUCAAGAGCUUACAACUAAAGAACAAUUUGUAACAGGGAUAUAUAAGAUUGAGCUUGAUACAGCCUCUUACUGGAAGAAACUGGGCUUGAAUCCCUUCCAUCAACAUGCUGAUGUGGUAUUCACAGCUAACGAUGCUGGUUAUCGACAUUACUCCAUCGCUACUGUCCUCAGUCCCUUUUCUUACUCAACUACAGCAGUAGUCAGUGAGCCGGUAGAAUAGAAACUUAAGCAUAAAGAUUUAGAUAUGUAAAUUAAAAUUUCCAUAAACUCUACGAAUAGUUUCUGACUGUGGUGACAGUUUUAGAAUUUGCAUAGCACUUCCCAGAGUAAAUCACUAACAGCCACUGUCAAGUUGUUUAUUCCUUUUGUUAACUUUAGGAAAAUGUACUGACUUUGUUUUCAAUUACAUGAAUAAAAGCAUUCAGAGAAACAGAUUAAGUUUAUAAAAAAUGUACUGAGCAAAGUCUUCUGUGAAGUUAAUAAGCUACACUCCUCAGAAAGAAAGCAAACAAAAUAUACCUGAAAGGUAUCUCAUGGUAAAUGAGCACAUGGGAAACGUAAACCACCACUUGCCAUCACCUAUACCUUUUUAUUAAAGCUCACGGUGGAUAAAAUCAAAUGGGGCCACAAACACAGUAGAAGUAGCUUUUGAGUGACAACAUGGUAAGUAAGAGUAUGCAAGGAUUCUACACAAACUCAAAAAGCCUCCUUUCCUACUCCUAAAUAUGGCUGGUAACAUUUUCAAGGAGAAUCCAUAUACUAUUGCAGAAAAUUAAAGCCAUCAAACACACUUGAAGUUAUUUUUGUAUUCUCAGAAGACGCAUAGAGUUCUGCAAAUACCUUUGCCUUCAAUUUAAGUACUCCCAAAAAAUUACUCGCAUACCUCCAGCAUUCAGACACUUCUCUAAUAAUAACUCUAAGAUAAAAGGAAAAUAUACAAAGGCCAACUGCUUGUUUCUGAGAAAAUCAGCUUCAUGCUUAACGCAAAGAGAUUCACUCAUGUUUUUCACAUUAUUGUAAUUCAUGCACAAGGAAAAUAACUCUUAAACAAGAGCAGAGAAGAGCUAUUAGGAGAAUUAACAAGAGUCAUCCCACCACAGACUAGCCUGAUUUAUUUGAUGCCCAAUUUCCCCUUCCUUUUCCUGUUAUUUCAAGAAAUCAUGCACUAGAAAAAUCAGUGGUUUAUAAUCAAAACAAGAGAUACCUCUCCAGAAAGCCUCAGAAUAACCAAACCAACACCAGCUUUAGAACAUUAUAUUUCAUAAAAGACAAUGAUAAAAAAGUACAAACAUUCUCAUGAACAACAACAACAAAAAAAAACAAAAGUUAUGAUAGUACACAAGAAAUUCCCAGCAUAUGUUUCAGUGCAUUUUUCAUUAAGCCUAUCUUACAUACCUCUACAAACUAAAUAAUCUUAAGUACACUUCCUCUUGCUGAUAUGCAGUGGGUGCUUGUAAUAUUUUUAAGUAACUGGCUCAUCAGAACUCCACUUCAACACAGUCAUUAGUAAACGUAAUAGAAAAAUAGUCUGGCAAGAUCCAAGAAAAAGGAAAUUUCAUACAUUUUUCAAUAUAUUUUCUAUUUUGAAAUGGAUUUUAUAUUUUAUAUUCUUCUAUUUAGUUUUAUAUUGCGGAAAAUGGGUUUAAGAGUAUCUCAGCAUAUGAAGCAGAUUCUACUGUUAAUAUUUCUGUAAAAUUUUUACUCUCAAUUGCAAGAUCUUCAGAAUCUCGUAAAAAUAAUUCCUUUCUUCUCCCUCCAAGUUAACUCCUCAAAGAGAAGAUGUUCUUUAUUUGCCUCAUCACCAAUGCAAAAAACAAUGUGCUUGGCCUCUCCCCAUGUUUUACAAGAAUUAUGAAAAAUAUCAAAAGGAAUGUACAGAACUCUUAGUUCUGCAUCGCAUUUAUUUUGUUUCAAGGCACUGUUUAGGUUAAAAUUCAGUACAGAAUAGUACUGAGCUCAAGCAGAUAGCAUACAAACAUUAUUUGGAUGUAAUUUAAGAUGGCACCUUUGAAAACUUCUCAACAAAGUGAUCAAAGUUAUUUAGAGAGGAGUGUUGGUUAACAUUUCAUAAGGUAACGUCCAUCACUUUUGGGCACCAAAAAUGCAAACCUUUCAAGAACUCCGCUAUAUGUCAUAAUCCAUUUACAUCCUGGUUUAAAAUAAUAUUUUUCCUAAGACCAAACAUGAUUAAUCACUUACAGCUGUAAAGUUAUGUUAGUUCAGCCACAGCAAGUGUGUAAUAUAUUAUGUAUAUAUGUAUCUAUGCAUAAAUAUGCAUUUGAAUGGUUAAAAAAUUGCACAUUUCACAGAAUGCCUACCAAAUGGGCACAAAAGCAUGCUUCAGAAAACAGUACAGACGUACAGUACCAAAGGAUGUUUGGUAAUCAUAGGUGUUGAAUUGUAGUUGAACUUUGUACUGAAAACCAGAAAUCACAUCAAAAUUACAACAAUUUAAAAUUUAUUCAGCAGUUCUUAAAGAAUUGUAUUAGUCUGUUAUGAAAUAAGACCAAUUUUAUUUAAAGAUGUUGUUGAUCAUACAUAUAUUAUCUCCCUUUAUCCAUAUGCUUCAGAAUAGCCUAUACACUCAGUUAUAAAAAUAUAUCAGGAGGGGAUCUAAUUUUUGAAAAGAUGUUCUGUUCACUUUAUACUUUGCAUUAUUUUCAUUGCACUACAUCAUUGCUAAUGCAUAUUAGAUAAACUGGUAGAUUUUAGGGCAAUUCCCAUAAGGUUUAUCCCUUAGCUCUUGAGUACUACAACUAAAUCAUUACAUUUCUACAAAAUAUUUGGGAUGUCUACAAGUAAAAUCCUAACUUUACCUAAGAAUGACUAAGAGCAAAAUUUGCUGCUGGGAUCAUCAAGGAAAUAAAAAGUGUUUAUGGCAAACAAAAUAUACAUAGCACCACACUAUUUGUGGCAGUAAUUCAGGAAACCAACACAUAGUAACGAGUUAGUAUUUUUUGCCUACAUUCUUACAGAACACUCUACGGAUACUUUCCAUUCUUUACAGAAGCAGAAGUCAGUCUUUGGUUCCUAAAGAGUUGAAUAACUGCGACAAACAAAACAGUUCAGGAGAGUUUAGUCAAUAUAUUUGCAUUAACAUAGAAAAUAAAUGUUUCAGUCCUUCUCCUUAGUGUUAAACAAAGAAUGUAAAAAAAAAAAGGAAAAAAUACUUCUUAGCAUUGAGUUACUUAUAAGUAGCUUAACAUUACAAACAAACAGA